UAAGUGAUAAGCUGGGAGGCUCCUGCAUGUUGUUUUGCCUGGCCUUGCAAUAUCCACAAAAAUCUACCUCUUGCGUAACCUACACACCCCUUGCUUCCUUCCACACAAACACCCUGCUGGUUUCUGAAGCCUUUCUUCUCCCUCCCAGGGCCUGGCAUUCCAAAACCUCUUCUAAAAGCGUCCCCUGGCAACCGUCCUCUGGGCACCAACCCAGCAGCUACAGGGCAAAGGAUAUUGGAACACAGGCUACGGAAGCAAGUCCAGGCCUGCUGGAGCUUCUGGAUCCAGCCCCUCGGCCUGCCUUCCUCCUGCCUCUGGGUGCAGAAACUUUGCCCCUGGACCUGCAUGCAGCUGCUGCGCACGGUUGCCUGUGGCCAAAGAAUGCCAUGGGUGGCUGCUGGCUAGGCCUAGUGUUUGCUCUGGCCGUAGCCGCACCCAGCUACAUGGGAGGUGAUACGCCUGACAGGGAGGCAACAGCUGCCCACACGUGGGCACCUUGCUUGCAAGAAGAGAGCACAGCAGCACCGGAAGAAGAGCGCCGUCUGACGCCCAGAUUCAGCAGCUGCAUGCUGCACUGUGCUGCCCAAGCAAUGCUUAGGAUGGUCAGUACUAAGAGUGCCCUCUCCCUGAAACUCAAUGAAGGCAGUCAAGGCGAGGAGCACGAAUUUUGUUGGAUGUUGCGCCUCCGCUGCCAGAAGGGAGAGAGGCUCACCAAAGCCUUUGUUCUUCUCAACCUAGAGCAGCCUCCAGAUGGUGGUCAGCUGCCCCCUUACAGGCUUCUCCUCACCACCCCUCCUUCACUACGUCAGCAUUUGCAGCCCCGCCACAGGAGCCGUGCCACAAAGCUGGUGAGCGAGGAAGCCUGUGGAGUCCGCUACGAUGUGACAGAGCCCUUCCGUAGUGCAGGAGGAGGCCGAGAUGCCCAGAUGUGCAUCAAGGCUGUCUGUCCGGAGGAAGACGUCUGUGGAGCCUUGAGGCUGGGCCUGCAAUGCCCACCCUUCCUAGCCACUUUGUGGCGCAGUCUGCCUCGUCCUGAUGACUAAGCAACAGGAACAUCAGCAGGUUCACUGUAUAAUAGAAGACAGCACCCAGUGGUUUGGGAACAGAGGGUGGGGGGAAAGGGCACACAGAUUGACCUCAGGGCUCAUGCUCAAGUACAGCUGUUGCCACACCAGAGGUAGAGUUAUGGUAGACUUUGUUUCAAUGUUAGGUUUUACUUGGCGAUUUCAACAAAUUUGCAGUGAAUAAAAGCGGUGUCUCUUAAAGUCAACGUAAACAUACACAUAUCUACACACCAUAAGCACUAAGCAAAAGAGGUUUGGGUUUUUUUAGAAACAAAGUAUCAUUUAUAACCAACUAACGCCAUCUCACCUGUAAUUGAGGAGAGCUACCUAGCAACUGCUGGAAGCCUUUUUACCUGAAAGUCAUGGAGCACCAUAUUGUCCUUCACCUCAUGCUGUCUCUCAUACUGUGCCUUGAAGUGUCGCCAGCAUCGAUCUUUUAAUUAUGCUGGCCUCAGUGCCAAGGUGUUGAAAUAUUAUGUUGGAGUAAGUGAAGUACUGGUGACGCACACUGGCCUGGAGCUAAACCAGUGCUGCAGAUGAGCACCGAAAGGAGCUUCUAGUUUGUGUACCUUCCUUCACUGGUGCUGUCAUACUGGCAUCAGUGAAAUGUAGACAUAUGCACAUCAGGACUGAGAUGCCUUCCAUUAACCUGAAUUGUAUUUUAUGAUGGAAAUGUGGGCUAUUGCCUUAAAUUAAUAAAUGGGAGCAUUUUA